UAAUCCAAUCAGAAAGGGAGUAAAAUACUGGGUGACUGCAUCAUUGAAGAAUUAUUACUGAAUGGGAAAGUCUCGAUUCAAGAACGAAUCGUUCGUUAAAAAAGGAGGUGUAAAAAGUGUAGGCAAUAUUCGGGCAAACCCUCCUGCUGGUAUAGACCCCCAAGAUUGGAACAAGCAUGUAGACUUCUUCGUGAGUGAGGGCUCCGUGCGUAGGUCCCAAGUAAAUAAGGCGAACAGGGCUCUCCAAUCGGAUAUUCCGGCGCAGAGUCGUACAUCAUUUGCUCAGAGGCAACGUGGGAUUUUUGGGCCAAUUACUGCAUACCCAAGCUUAUUCGCUACUUGGGCUGAGUCACGUCAACAUGAGGAUGGGUCGUGGACAAGUGAGCUCAGGGCUAAGCAGCAUACAUAGAAUACAAGUCUGCAAGCACACGGUAGCCCACAACUGG